AUGAAUCGAUCGGCCGUGAGACAGAAAGGGCGAUGGCAGCUCAGCUACGAACUCCCACACGAAGCAUUCAGAUCGCAUGUCUACCCUCGGCAGUCGUCGAAUGGCUCUACUGUCAUAGUCUACGGGCAUGAGCAAGGCUUGCGUCUUGUGUGGUACGCUGGCAAGGGAUUCAAGCCACCAAAGAAAGACGUUCCGCCACCAAAGAUAAACGGGACCUCGAGGAGCGAACCCGUGGUCAUCGAUGUCGACGACGAGGACGAUGAUGCGGCAGCGGAAGCAAAAGUCGAGACGGGCCCUGCUGAGUUCAAAGAAUAUGAGGACGAAGUCGACCCGUCCGUACCAUUUCGAGAUGUGAUUCGGCAUGUCGAUAUACCAUUGGGAACGGCAGCCUUGAGAAUUGCAGUGCCACAUAUUGUCAAGGAUCUCGCUCAAGCUCCUCCAGAGUCAUGGCCAGCCGUUUACCACGAUCGUAUCAUCGUUGCAGCCGCUUGCACUGAUCUUAGUGUUCGAGUCAUAUCUGCUCCUCUCGAUCCACCCGCUCCAGAAGUGCACGACAUUUCCAAGAUGGACGUCCAGAUUGUGAAGAUAGAAGGCUCAAACUCCCAUCAACAGCUCGUCUCAGACAUCGCAAUUACUCACACAGGAGUCACCUCGAGAGAACAAGAGGACGCCGACGAGCAGACUCAAGCAAAACCUCAGAUGCGCUCACAAUCUCAAUCCAAGCGGGGGAAUGCAGAGUCCGACUCCGAACGCUGGUCACUCCUUGUUGCGUCAGUGUCGUGCACUGGAGCGGGAUUGUUACUAGUUCACCAACUUCCGCUACACAAUAAUCGACUUACAGCGAACACAGAUUACCGUGUCCCCAUCAGAAGGAUGUACCUCCGUUCCUCGUGCAUGAGUGCGAGGGUUUCGUUCAAUACUUCUCCGUACCCUGCGGAACGACAUUCAACCUUGCUCAUUACGGUUCCUGCGGAUUCCACUGUCAAGGUCUACCAGAUUUUUCCGACACACACUCGAGAGCGUAGAGGAUCUACUGCAACAGCUGAUUCUGUCUCCAGCACACGGUCAAUGAGGGUCCCAAGCAGUGAUCGAGGGAAAUUUCUGAUCACAUUGCUCCCGCCCUUCAGGCAGGAGAGUCCGCAAGUUGUCCAGCAGAGACGAAAAGAAGUCCUGGAUGCAAGGUGGCUCAUCGGCGGCCGUGCUGUCACAGCUUUGCUCGAAGAUGGCGAAUGGGGAAUUUGGGACCUAGAGGCCGUGGGACCUACAUCUUCCAGCUCUGGAGCCAAUCUCCUUCGUGGACACGGAAACAUCUCAGGCAUUCAAGGUGGCUCGUUGACUCGGUUUGCAGUUCGAUCACACAUCUUGCCUUCUGUGGAGCUCAAACAGAAAUCUUCCUAUCCUGAGGCACAACCAGCGUCUGGUUCUUUGGCACCAAUGACUCCAUCGACCCGCAAGGUGCGAUCCGAGGGUCUAUUCCAAGGCUCGACAUCAGCGAGUGACCCGUCACAAUCUAACGGGAAACGGUGCUACGGAUCCAUCUACGUGGAAGAAAAGACUCCGAACCGUGUCGCACACGACGAGUCCGUGGUCAUCAGCUACGCGGACGAAAAUGUAUACAUUCAUUCCAUCCUCUCUUUCUGGAAGGGCGAAUCCAAACCAGUCCGCCUUUCGCGUGCAAGCUUAGGAGGCCAAGAACCGUUAUCUCUCAGUCUCCUCCCUGGCUCAGAACCUUCAAGCAACGUGUUCUCCGGGACUAGCAUUUUCGACAAUUCACACUAUCCUCCAGACUUCCUCAUACAGACAUCUCACCGUCUCAUCCUCUCACUAAACCCGCUUUCUUCAAAUUCUAGUGUCUCCGAUCCGUCUGCCCAGGCGAUAGCUGCCCCAUCAGACCAAACACUGCUCGCGUCCGGCGAUCUGGAUGUCGAGGGUAUGGACCGCAUUCUUGAUGACAUGGGUGAUGUGGCAGCAACGAAGAAACCUAUGAACCUUUUUACGAAGAGCGUAGGGUUCCGCAUUGAUGAUGAAGAUGGAGAUGAGGAUGUCGACAUGAUGAGCCCGACGCCAGCGAGAAGCAGGGGUAUGAAGAUCUUGAAUGGAAAAAAGGCUCUUGAACGCGAGUCGGCUGCGUCCUCGAGGAGACUGUUCACAUGA